CAAUGGAAGGUGGAAGCGUAAAUGCUGGCGGCUCUUCGUGGACCGAGAGCGAACACAGCGCGGCAUUGGACUCGCUGGUUGCCGCCAUCGAGAACUUCACGAUUGAACACCAUGGCUCGGGACAGCCGGAUGCACCUUUUGACGAAAGCUACUUGGCCAAUUUAUCGCUCGCUCAGAUACGCUGCUACAUCGCUGCCCUGAACGAGUCCCAAGCUUACCUUCUCGACGACAACGGGGGACCUCUCUCCUGUCACCGCACGUGGGAUGGCCUGUCCUGCUGGCCGGUGACGAACGCUGGAGCCGUGGCCGUACUUCCCUGCUUCUCGUUCCUCAACGACCUUUUCUACGACACGUCGAACAACGCCACGAGAACAUGCCUCGAGAACGGAACGUGGGCAGACAGGUCGGAUUACUCUGGUUGUAAGCCACUCGUCGAUGUCGAGAGAGAGGUGGACGAGACAACAUUGUACUAUAUUGGUUACGGGUUGUCUCUCUUCGCUUUAACCAUUGCCCUCUGGAUAUUUCUUUAUUACAAGGACCUGCGGUGCUUAAGAAAUACCAUUCACGUGAACCUCAUGGUGACAUACUUUCUGGUCUCCAUUGUGUGGAUGACAACGGCGACGCUGCAGUCUAUACCAUCUCCUGUCUACAGAACGGGGGCAUGUUUCCUCUAUAUCGUGCUCACUUACCUCAUGGGCACAAACUUUUUCUGGAUGUUCGUCGAAGGCCUCUACUUAUACAUACUCGUCGUGAAGACAUUCUCAGUGGAACUAGUGAGGAUACACGUUUACGCCUUCGUCGGAUGGGGGCUACCAGCCUUAGUGGUGACCGUUUGGGCGAUCACAAAGGCUUACUUCAGUGCCAAUCGCAAUGACCCUGCCCUCUUCGACGGUUUGUGCGUCUGGCAGUUGAAAGACAUUUACGAUUGCGUCUUCAUCUGUCCUGUUGCCAUUGUCCUUUUGGUUAACAUGUUCUUCAUGGGAGAAAUAAUGUGGGUACUAAUUACGAAACUGCGAGCCACAACUACACUUGAAACGCAACAAUACAGAAAAGCAGCGAAAGCUCUGCUUGUCUUGACUCCACUGCUCGGAGUCACAUACCUUCUGGUGAUCUGGACUCCGUCUCACAAAACUGCCAAGAUUGUCUUCACCUAUUUGCAAAUCACACUCCUCUCUACUCAGGGAUUCACUGUGGCAGUUCUUUAUUGCUUUUUUAAUGGAGAGGUACGCAGCACUAUCCGUCACCACUUCCAGCGCUGGAAGACAUCUCGAGCCCUGUGCGCCGAGCAAAAGCGACAGGGACUCAACUACCGGGUCGGUUGCCGCCGGCCGUCGUCCUGCGCCGUCUCCAGUGUGGGAGCCGUAACAGCGGCGCACGGGGACACGGGGCGACUGUACAAGGGACGGGCGCCCCGAUCGAGCUGCAUCAGCUUCGCCUCAACAACGUCCACGGUUGCUCCGCACGCCGGUUACCUAGGUCCCGCGCACCGCUUCAGCAACGGGGCCUUCGGGCCAACGGGAAAAGAUGAUGCUGUCUAGGGCUGCGGGUGGCGGGGUCGACAGAACCCGGAAAUCUGAGCCUGUUUUCUACCAAUUCAUCUCCGGGGCAGACCAGGACCAGUUUAUAUUACUAUUCUUGUUAUGUAAGCUGUAACACAGAUAGGAAGAAUAUCUGUCAAGAGAGGUACGAGAAAGAGAUGUGCGCCUCGUAGAGCUAACAACAGUGCCCUCUGACCAGCUGGUCCCAGGGUACGCGAUCAUAAGCAAGAAACGAAGAACAAAGCCAUCAUCAGAGAAGAAAAAUACCUUUUUUUGUCCGAACCACUUUUCGUCAACAGAAAAAGAAAUAAGAACAAGAAAAAAAAAUAACAUACAGAAGACAAAGGAGCUUCUAGUCGGGGCGGAGGAUAAAAC